UUGUUUUCAGUUUUGACAAAACAUUUGUAUAAGUUUGAGGUCUUUAUAAUCAAGACUUUUAUUUUUAAUCAAUUUUAAUUCACUUUGCUAUUUUCAUUAUAUUGUGUUAUACACUUUAUAAACUUGAUGCCUACUAUUUGAUGUACCAUGUUUAAAUUACUUUUCUUUAUCAAUUUUAUAACAAUAUCGUUAGCUAUCAUUUCAAAAUAUGAUAAAAAUGGUUAUGUUGUUUACUGUCCAUGUAUGGUUUCCAGGAAGAACCGCGAGGAGGUUGAACUGGUUGGUUAUAUUGCUAGCAAUCGGAUUCUCAGUCUCCAUUACUAACAAUCCCUUUCCCCCCUGCUUGAAGUGUUAAGAUGCCAAAAGGGAGAUUUGGAAAUCAAGCAGAUCAUUUUUUGGGUGCAUUAGCAUUUAGUAAAGGUAUAAAUAGAACUCUUAUUCUUCCUCCAUGGGUUGAGUACCGAUUUGGAGAGCCAAAAUCUACACAAGUUCCAUUUGACACUUAUUUUAGAGUUGAUACAUUGAAACAUUAUCACAGGGUUAUUACUAUGACUUCAUUUAUGAGAGACAUUGCACCUACACUAUGGCCAGAAGAUAAAAGAAUAUCCUUCUGCUAUACAAAAAGAGGAGAAGGUAUUAGUUGCAAUGCAAAAUCUGGUAAUCCAUUUGGACCAUUUUGGGAUACAUUUAAUAUAGAUUUUGUUGAAUCUGAAUUUUAUGGACCUUUGAACUAUGAUGCUCAUAAUGUAAUAAUGAUGGAGAAGUGGAAACAAAAGUACUCCCCAGAAGACUGGCCAGUUUUAGCUUUUACAGGUGCCCCAGCCAGUUUUCCUGUUCAAAAAGAGAAUUUAAUCUUACAAAAAUAUAUAGCAUGGAAUGAUGACAUUCUAAACAAAUCUAAAAUAUUUAUAAAAGAAAAUAUGAAUGGGGGUGGCUUCUUAGGUAUUCAUCUAAGAAAUGGUCAAGAUUGGGUCAAGGCCUGUAGGCAUGUCAAGGACAGUCCAACAUUAUUUGCUGCACCACAAUGUGUUGGAUAUAAAAAUGAACGAGGGCCUUUAACUUCAUCUAUGUGUUUCCCUCAUAAAUCUGAUAUAAUAAAACAAGUGAAGAGAGCUUUAAAAAAAUUGAAUGAUAUUAAAUAUAUUUUCAUUGCUUCUGAUUCAAACUAUAUGAUGGAGGAGUUCAAUUCUGCUUUAGAUAGUUUUGAGAUAAAGACAAUUAAAUUACAGCGAUCAAAUCCUCACUUAGAUUUAGCAAUUUUAGGGCAAGCCAACUACUUUAUUGGGAAUUGCGUAUCUUCUUUUACGGCUUUUGUGAAACGAGACAGAGAUGUGCAGGGUCUGCCUUCUGAAUUUUGGUCAUUUCCACAUCGGAAAAAAAUCAAGCAUGAAGAACUUUGACAAAGAAAAAUCAUGUACGCUUACAGGACAACAAUAUCGUUUACAAAAUUUGACCUAAUACGUAGUAAUUGAUGCUAGUGUAGCUUUUUUAUUUCAAGAAUAUAAGAAGAUUCAAUUCAAAAGAAGAAGAAUUUCAAGAAAUAUAAGGAUAAAGAAAAUGGUAACAGUAAUUUUAAAUACCUUAAUGUGGCAUCUUUUCCUUUCUACAUUUACUAUUUACCAGAUCCGGAUUAAAAUCGACCUGAUUACAUGCGCAUGAUACUGGCUAUGAUGAAGGAUUGCCUAAUCCUCAGCACAUCCCAGAUCUUUUAAACUUUGAUAUCGGAAAAUAAAGGCCUCCGAUUAUUUUAAGUACGGUACGUUGGGCUUUUUCAGUGAUCAUGAGAUAGGUUUUAGCGCUGCCUCUUAUUUCAUACUUAUCAAAUUAAAUGGCUCUAUCACGUUGGGUCAUGGCCAUAUGUACACCUUUGGUAAUCCACGGCACUGGAGGCCAUUUGACACGUACUAUACGCAUCAGCAUAUGGUCAUCAAACAAUUUUAGUAUUAUAUUAUUAGAGAUUUUGUCAUUCAUUGUUGACGCCUCGUACACCUUGGUAAAGUCUAUCUUGGAGAUCUAUCCUCUUCAAACUCUACAAGUUACGCAUCCAGACUAACGUAGGUUUAAAUUUAGGCGCUUUAAGUUUAGAGCUUCAUAUUUCGGAAAACCAGAAGCAGGUAGUUGGUUGCAUUAGGGCAAUGAUUACGAGUGGAAGUGAUUAAUAAAUCAAGCCGCGUAUCUGAAGAAGGUUUAACAUGAGCGAGUCCUAGUGAGAGAAUAUUAAGAUGAACAGACUUAAUAAGAUUUUGAAGUUUUCGGGAACACAGGGAAUCUAUUAAAAGAUCAGUAGAUAUUAAAAUCACCUAAUAUUAUGCGAUGCUUGUAAUCCAAACGAAUUGUUUCUUAAUUCAAGUUGGUCGAAAUAGUCAAUCAAUAGAAGGUGGAUAAUAAACAACUCUGAGAACGACUUUGCAUUUUUUGGCCUUUUAUUUAAAUUUUCAACACAUUCACUUAUUUUACUUUAAAUAUAUAAAAUAAAAAAGAGAAAUACACAAACAUAGAUACAUGUACAUACAUUUGAACUCCUUAGAGGUCCGGAAGCAAGGAAUAUAAAAGGGUCUCUCCUUUAUAUAUUGUUGUGGACAAAUGCAAUUAUUG